AACAACAACAACAACAACAACAACAACAACAACAACAAGAACAAGAACAAGGACAUUACUACUAUCCAUAUACUCAGGAUUAUCAGAAUAUUGGAUAUACAUCUCAACAACAACAACAAGAAGAAGAACAGGAUUAUUACUAUCAUCAUCAGCAACAUUAUUAUCGUAGCAAUAAUAAACAACAUUAUGAUGAUCAUUAUCGUCGUGGUC